AUGUGUGAUGCCUCUUCCGUAUUUGACGACACUGACGCGGAGCGUAACGCUGAGGACUCGGAGACAUUGAGAUAUGGGAAUGGUGAGGAGGAGUCAACUCAGUCGAUGUGCGAUCUACGUCUCCUCGGAGCCCUUUCCGCCGAAAGUUGUUCGUCGCGUCCUUCUUUCUUCUCCACACCACCGGCAAAAGGUAUUUUUCUUGAUCUUAUUGAUGGUCUGCUGCGCUCUGGUACGGCGUCAUCCGUCUCACAAGCUUCUGGUAAGCCCCUCCAAGAUGAAGCAUCUAGUUCAACGGACGACGGGGCGCAACGAUUCUUUACUACUGAGCUAGUGGACCAACUCUGCGACGAAGCUCAAGCCGUCUUGGAAGGGGAAAAAGUGUUGUUAAACAUAGAGUUAAAAAAAAUGAAACACUCGUGGUUGCGGGUGACAUUCAUGGCCAUUUCAAUGAUCUUCUCUGCUCUGUCUUAUCAGAGCAGUCCAAUAUGCAGCUGA